CGAACACCUCUUGCCCAGCUGCUGCGGUGCAGGGGGGCAAAGAUGAUUAAGUACCUGCUCUUCAAGCCCUUGGGGCCCGAGGAUCUGCCAACCCUCAAGGAGCUCACCACCAGCGAAAUCUGCAAAGUCUGGGCUGGCGCAUCUAGGUACAUCCGGAGACAGCUCUUGCAGAAGAGGGCGGUGGAGAUCGGCGUUGGGACAUUUGCGCUCGUCCCAGCGCGUGCCACGGUGGGAGAGGACAAGGCUUUGCCCGUUGAGAGACCCGUGUUCCGGCCGUGCAGGCUUCUGAAGAAAUUCUACAAGCUCAAGUGUGCAAAGACCAAAAUUCCUGACGAGACGCCGUUCGUUCAGCUGGACUUCGAGCAGAUUGCCGCCGAGAUCCACUUCCGCCGAGAAAUCGUGGAGCGGUGCAUACACGAGACCCUGCUUUUCUUCGCUGGGGCCCUCCGAGACAACAAGGAGGUGGAAUUCUCCUUCAAGGGCAUCGGCAUCCUCGCCGUGCGAAGAAAAGUGGUCAGCAUGACCUUCUUGGACGACUGCCUGCUGGAGCUGGAUGGCACGGGCAACAUGCUGGCAGCUCUUCUCGGGGUGAGCUUGUCAUUUCUGCGGGGCUCCUCCUCGGGGCUCUGUGGCAACGCUGUCGAAGCUCUCUCCAGCUGCUUUCUGCUGGCUGCCGCCACCUGCCUCGCCACCCGGCCUAGACACGCUCUCGACGAGCUAGGCCAAGUCUCGGCAGCGCCUCGGCCCCUUCGAGGGAGGGGCUAA